AUGGUUAUAUUUUUUUUAAAAAUUGUAUUAUGUAUUAAUACAGUUUUAGUACCUAGCGAAGAACAAGUUUACUCAAAUUUUAUUGAACAGGUAUACAAUAUGAUUAAUAAAGAUUUAAAUCGUAAGAAUUAUUUUUUAUGUAAUUUUGAAUUGGAUACUGCAUUUACUUUAAUCUCUGUUAGUAAGCAUAGAGUAAACAUAAAUUUUAGAAAUGUUUAUUUUAAUACAGCAGAAGAUU